AGAACAGGACGAUGUCCUUCCCCGGAUUAAUAAUGCCACUCACUGGAGCAAUAUGUGUAGGGGUGACGAUCCAUCUCAUUGUCUUUUCCCGCGGAGAAUGGGAGCGACAUGUGGUGACAAUUAUGUGGUCUAUAUUCCUAUGUCAGGCUUUGAUAUGCGCGGCAACAUUGCGAUUUUACGGAGGGUUAUACCUUCAAUCUCUUCUUUAUACAUUGACCACUAUGGUAGGUUUCAGUGUUGGCGUUUUUACCAGCAUGAGCAUAUACAGGAUCUAUUUUCAUCGUCUACGACAAUUUCCAGGACCAUUAGGAGCGAGGCUCUCGGGAUUUUGGUCAAUGGGUACUGCAUUGAGAGGUUUCCAGCUAUAUAAAAAAACGCAAACACUGCACAGAUUUUAUGGAGAUUUUGUUCGUAUACGUAAGAAAUUUCGACCCCGAGAAAUAUCAAUCAAUCAUGUUGACGCCAUCAGAGACAUUCACGGUAUUCGAUCAAAAUGUACGAAGGGACCAUUCUAUGACCUUAACUACCCUUCGCGAUCCCUGCAAAUGACACGCGACAAAUCUUUCCACUCCAAGCGAAAGCAAGUAUGGGAAAAGGGUUUCACGAGUAGCGCACUAUCUCAAUAUGAACCACGCAUACUGCACCAUAGUCUUGUCAUGGCACACCAAUUGUCUAAACGCACACAACAGCCCGAGGAUAUCACUAAAUGGAUCCAAUUCUUCGGUUUCGACGUGAUGGGUGACUUGGUAUUUGGAAAAUCAUUUCGCAUGCUUGAAGAAGGAAGACCUCAUUUUAUCCUUGGACAGAUGGCUGCAAUGGGCCCCGUGGUAGGCUCUUUGAUUUGUGUUCCAUGGCUAUUUAUUCUAUUCCAGAACUUGCCAGUCAUUAGUCAUAUGCGAAACAAAUGGAUCGGGUGGUGCAAAUCUCAGGUUGAGGAUAGAAAAACUUUUAAUUCGUCGCGAGUGGACCUAUUCUCCUUCCUUCUCCCACCCUCUAUACAUUCAGAAGGGUUAGAAGCCGAUGACUUGAUCUAUGACUCAGAGCUUGCCAUUGUGGCUGGUAGCGACACAACUUCAACGACGCUCGCUGCACUGUUAUAUCUGCUCACGCAGGAACCCGAGAAACAGGAAAUCUUGCGACAAGAGGUAGAUCGGCUUUGCUCAUCACCUCAAGAAGUGUCAAAUCAGAUAUUAAGCAAGAACGCUCCAUAUUUGGAUGGCUGUAUCAAAGAGGCUCUUCGAUUAUAUCCUGCGGUUCCAAGCGGCGUCCAACGAAUGACUCCUCCAGAAGGUGCAGUCAUUGCUGGCCGGCUUAUUCCUGGGGACACCCUCGUUUCGACCCCAACUUAUGCAAUCCAUAGAGAUCCUCGUUACUUUGUUCAACCGGACGCGUUCCUUCCGCAGCGAUGGUCCUCGCAGUCACACCUGCUACUUAAGCAAGAAGCUUUCAACCCAUUUCUCAUCGGCCAACACUCUUGCGUGGGGAAGCAACUGGCGAUGAUGGAAAUGCGAAUUUUGGUUGCCGUUCUCGUUCUCUCCUUUAAUUUCCACUUCCAUGAUGACGGUUUGUCUCAAAGAUCUCAUAAAACAAAGUGUAGAGGGCUGGACUUCCAAGAUUACUUUACCGCCAGAGUGGGUCCGGUUGAAGUUCUUCUUGAGAACAGAGCAAUUGGAUGAUUUGGGGGCUAAUCUAUAAGAGUAAGGAAUAGUGUAUAUAACCUAGACCCAUCUAGACUACUAGCACCCGCUUUGGAGGAUGUUUAGCGAGAAUUGUUGGAAUAGGGCUGAUGUUACAGUAGCAUUAGUUAAUUUUCUAUAUAUUGAAUUAAUUAUCUAAAUGCCA